AAAUAUUAUACUAUUAUAUCUGACCAAAAAGGAAAUAAAAUCAUAUUUUGUUGUAUUGUAGGUUAAAUGUGAGAGAGAGAGAGAGAGAGAGAGCGCACAAGAGCCAUUUGUCUCGGAACUGAGAAAUCUUCAAAAUUCAAAAAAGCCAAGGAAGGCGGGAUUCCAAACAUUCUCUUCAUCAUCUUCUUCUUCUUCUCACUCUUCUCUCCAUUUAUCACAAUCGAUCAUCGGGAAACACAAACUCAUCUCCAGAAAACGGUGUAGCAAUGGCGGAAAAUACGGCCAGCCAUAGAAGAAAACCUCGGAGCUUGAACGAUCGUCACUACAGUAUCCUCCAGGAUCUUUCUGCGCCUCCUAGACAGCCUCCCUCUUCUUCUCAUGGAGAAGAUGAAGAGACGAAGAAGUCCAUGAUUAAGCUUGCUGGACGACGUCGUCUUUGCAAGGCCUUGCCAAAGGAAGACGAAGCUGAUGGAUAUGACGAUCCUGAUUUGGUUGAUUUCUAUUCCCCAGUUAAAGGAGAGACAUCACUAGACAGCGCUGGAAUUGGGAACAAAUUCACAUCUUGGGAUGAAUCAAAGGAAGCUAACACUGAGCUGGCUGGCGAGCCUAACUUUUCGAUAAUCACAGACUUUUGUUCGCCCUCACCUCAGUUGAAGCAAAAAGAGGAAAUGCAAGGUGAUGGAGGAAGGAACGAGAUCAUGGGUAUUUUGGAUGAUUUGACCUCUAAGCUUGGGACAAUGUCGAUUCAGAAGAAGAAGGAUAGCCAAAGCAAUGAUUUUGAUGCAUGUGGAGUGAAGAGCCAGGUUGAUAAAUUUGAUUUUGAGGAUGCCAAAUCCUCAUUUUCCUUGCUAUCGGAUCUAUCUAAGUCCUCACCAGAUGUGGUUACCACAUAUAAUGCUGGCGUUAAUAGUAUCAAGGACAAGCAAGGCAAAUCUGGUUUUGCCAUCCGGGAAGAGCAAACUAGUAAGGAAUUUUCAAGGGAAUGGGAAGAAAGAAUUUCGAAUGUUGGAAAGCAAAACUCAUAUUCUGGUCGGCACUUUGACGAUAACUCUGAAGAUAAUAGGCAGGGAUACAAUCUUGACCGUGGGAAGAGCCAAUGCAAGGAAGUCGACCAAAGUAUGAAGACGACCAGGCACAUAGAGGUAAGUGAGAAGAUAAGAACAGUCGGAAGGUCUAAUGCUGCCAAGCUAAGAGACUUAGACGAGGAUGAUGAUGAUGAUGACUGUCUCAUUUUGUCCGGGAAAAAGGCGGCUGAAAUGAAAAUUAAUAAGCCAGCUCGGUCUUAUAACGCCAAAAGACAUGGUUAUGAUGAGAGAUCGUUGGAAGAUGAAGGGUCUAUCACUUUAACUGGCCUCAAUUUGUCUUACACAUUGCCUGGAAAGAUUGCAACAAUGUUAUAUCCACAUCAGAGGGAAGGGUUGAAUUGGCUUUGGUCAUUGCAUACCCAAGGGAAAGGUGGAAUACUUGGAGAUGAUAUGGGUUUAGGUAAAACUAUGCAGAUUUGUAGUUUUCUUGCUGGUUUAUUCCACUCCAAAUUGAUCAAGCGUGCUCUGGUAGUGGCCCCAAAAACCUUGCUGCCUCACUGGAUGAAAGAAUUAGCUACCGUGGGACUUUCACAAAUGACUAGGGAAUACUACGGUACUUCUACGAAAGCCCGGGAAUAUGAUCUCCACCACAUUCUGCAGGGUAAAGGUAUUCUUCUAACAACCUAUGAUAUUGUGCGGAACAAUACAAAGGCUUUGCAAGGUGACGACCAUUAUACUGAUGAGGAUGAUGAAGAUGGAAACAAAUGGGACUACAUGAUUCUGGACGAGGGACAUCUUAUUAAGAACCCCAACACACAAAGGGCGAAGAGUUUGCUUGAGAUCCCAAGUUCUCACCGUAUUAUAAUAAGUGGUACACCAAUCCAGAACAAUCUCAAGGAACUGUGGGCUCUCUUCAACUUCAGCUGCCCUGGGUUACUCGGUGACAAGAAUUGGUUUAAGCAGAAUUAUGAGCAUUACAUUCUUCGUGGAACUGACAAAAAUGCUACUGAUAGAGAACAGAGGAUAGGCUCAACAGUAGCAAAGAACUUGAGGGAGCAUAUUCAACCUUUCUUCUUGCGGCGCCUUAAGAGUGAAGUCUUCGGUGAUGAUGGUGCAACCUCCAAACUUUCGAAGAAGGACGAAAUUGUUGUAUGGUUACGGUUAACAGCUUGCCAGAGGCAAUUAUAUGAAGCUUUCUUAAACAGUGAAAUUGUUCUGUCAGCUUUUGAUGGUUCACCUCUAGCAGCUCUAACGAUUCUGAAGAAAAUAUGUGACCACCCGCUUCUCUUAACUAAGAGGGCUGCUGAGGAUGUCCUUGAAGGAAUGGAUUCAACAUUAACACAAGAAGAAGCAGGCGUGGCUGAGAGAUUGGCUAUGCAUAUAGCGGACAAUGUGGAUACAGAUGAUUUUCAGACCAAGAAUGACAGUAUCUCUUGCAAAUUGUCAUUUAUCAUGUCGCUACUGGAAAAUUUAAUUCCAGAGGGGCACCGUGUUCUAAUCUUCUCCCAGACACGCAAGAUGCUUAAUCUCAUUCAGGAUUCUCUUACCUCCAACGGUUAUAGUUUCUUGCGAAUUGAUGGUACAACAAAAGCCCCUGACAGAUUGAAGACUGUUGAAGAAUUUCAAGAAGGUCAUGUGGCUCCUAUAUUUCUCUUGACUUCUCAAGUUGGUGGUCUCGGCCUUACUCUGACUAAGGCAGACCGUGUGAUUGUGGUGGACCCUGCCUGGAAUCCAAGCACGGACAACCAGAGUGUUGAUCGAGCAUAUAGAAUUGGGCAGACAAAGGAUGUCAUCGUAUAUAGGUUAAUGACCUCAGCAACUGUUGAAGAAAAGAUAUACAGAAAGCAGGUAUACAAGGGAGGAUUGUUUAAAACUGCAACUGAGCAUAAAGAACAAAUCCGCUACUUCAGCCAGCAGGACCUUCGAGAACUUUUUAGUCUUCCCAAGGGAGGCUUUGAUGUUUCACCUACACAACAGCAACUAUACGAAGAGCACUAUAACCAAAUCAAACUAGAUGAAAAACUGGAAUCCCAUGUAAAGUUUCUCGAAACCCUUGGUAUAGCUGGAGUUAGCCACCAUAGCUUACUUUUCUCCAAGACAGCUCCUAUUCAAGCGAUACAGAAAGAUGAAGAAGAACAAAUAAGGAGAGAAACAGCAUUGCUCUUGGGACGCGCAUCAGCAAGUAUUUCACAAGACACCGUCAUCAAUGGGGCUGACUAUGCUUUCAAGCCAAAGGAUGUGAAUUUGGACAAGAGAAUCAACAUUUCCCCAGUCGAUGACAAGGAAUUGUCAGAAAGCGUAAUUAAAGCAAGACUCAAUCGUUUGACGAUGCUAUUACAAAACAAGGGUACGGUCUCAAGGCUACCUGAUGGAGGGGCAAAAAUCCAGAAGCAGAUUGCUGAAUUGACUCGAGAACUGAAAGACAUGAAAGCAGCAGAAAGGAUCAACAUGCCUCAAGUUAUUGACUUGGAGGAGGAUAUAAGUCGGAAGAUGCAAAAAGGAUUGAAUCUGUAGAGUAAGAUACAAGUCAAGAUGCAAGAAAUGCAAACGACCAUCAUUGCAACACUUGUGGUUUUUUUUUGUUCCUUAUCUAAUUUGGUUUGGUUGAAUUGGUAAGUCAAUUACCAUAUGACUUGCUGCAAAGGAGUGUGCGAAGCCAGAUUUUAUCUUUUCUCAAACCCAAACUUUAAUCCGCGGUAAAAUGAAGAUUUCAGCACA